AUGGAUGUAGCUUACGACCACAUCCAAGAGGAGAUAUUCUCCGCCAACGACCCCGCUAAGAAAGAAAACAACAGCAACAAUAAUAACAACCCCUCCGAUGCACCCGCCACCAACUCAGACCGCCCCAAUGUCGACCUUAACGCCGAACUGCAGGAAACCUUCCGCGCUUUCUCCGCAAGCCCCUGGGGUGCACGCAUCGGUGGACUAUGGGACAACGUCCGCAAACAAGGCGAAAGCUACUACGAAGGCGCUCGCCAGGAAUACGCCGCCGCCAGCGAAGAAGCCGUCAAGGGGUUCUCGGAUCUGAAGAGUAGUAUCGUCGGUCGCACGCGGGGGCUGUCCCUGAGCACGGCUUUCAACAACAACAUCAUCGGCGCUGGCACCAGUACUACGACUGAACAGGAGACAGAUACAUCGUCAUCUACACCGAAGAAUGAGACCGGAGAUAAGGAGAAGGCUGGACCUUCUGCCAGUUCGGAUAACAAUAAUGAGGGGUUCCUCUCGCGGUUCAAGGCCGAGGCCGCCCGCCGACUCAAAGAGAUCGAGAAGGCUGAGGAAGCAGCCGACGAAGCUAUCCUGCGCUUUGGGAUGAACAUCGGACAGAAGUUGAAGGAUGCGGUCAGCAUUGUGCCGCCGUCUAUGGACUCCUCGUCGGACAAGCUUCUAUUCGAGAGUAAGGAUGCAGACGGGAAGCGGGUUAUUCAUGCUACGCGAUUUGAGGCGCAGCUUCAUGUCAUUCAUUCGAACUUGGAGAGUUUCUCGAAAGAUCCCGUGAGUGAGGAGUGGCCUACUUUCAAGCAGUCUUUCAACGUGGACAAUAAGACGGAUGCUAUUGCCGCCGACUUGGAGAAGUAUCCGGAGCUGCGCUCCGCUAUGGAGAAGCUUGUUCCGGAGAAGGUGGAAUACGCGGUCUUUUGGUGUCGUUACUACUUCUUGCGUUUGGUUAUUGAGACUGAGGAGCAGAAGCGGAAGGAGCUUCUUAAGGAUGUCAACGUCGACGAGGAAGAAGUCAAGUGGGACGAUGAUUCCGAUGACGACACCGACUCUCCCUCUACGCCUCAAGUCCAGCAAUCUACCGCAACCGCCAAGGCUACCACUGCCACCCCUACUGCCACUGCUACCGAGAAGGAUACCCUGAAGCCCACGGAACCCCGCCGGUCCAACGACCAACAGUCCCAGCCCGACAGCGAAUCCAGCUACGACCUCGUCAGCAGUGCGACAAGCCGCACUCCUGCUAGUCCCAAGGAGAAGGCCAAGGAUGAGGAAAGCGAUGACGACUGGGAGUAA